UGUACCCUUCGGGGAUUGAUUCAUGCCUUCCGCCUCCGGGCAAGGCUAAAAUACCUCCUCCGAGCGAUGCACCCUUCGGGGAUUGAUUCAUGUCUUCCGCCUCUGAGCAAGGCUCGUAAACAGCCUUUGAGCGAGGCUCCCCCCGAGGAAUGCUUCCCGCCUUCGAGCGAUAUUUCCUCUUUGGAAUGCUUUCCGCCUCCGAGCGAUAUUCCCUCUUUGGAAUGACUUCCCGCCUCCGAGCAAUGUUCCCUCUCAUGAAGCAAAGAAGCGAUGCGCUUCCCAGGAAGCCGAGGAGCGACGCGCUUCCAAGGAAGCCGAGGGGCGACGCGCUUUCUAGGAAGCCAAGGAGCGAUGCUCUUCCCAGGAAGCUGAGGAGAGACGAGCUUCCUUAGAAGUCAAGGGAGCAACGCGCUUCCCAGGAAGCGAAGGAGCAAUGCACUUCCCAGGAAGCCAAAGGCACGAGUUGCUUCCCAGGAAGCCGAGGAGCGAUGCGCUUCUCAGGAAGCAAGGAGCGAGGCGCUUCCCAGGAAGCCGAGGAGCGACGCGCUUCCCAGGAAGCCAAGGAGAGAUGCUCUUCCCAGGAAGCCGAGGAGCGACGCGCUUACCAAGAAGUCAAGGGAGCAACGCGCUUACCAGGAAGCGAAGGAGCAAUGGGCUUCCCAGGAAGCCAAAGGUGCGAGGCGCUUCCCAGGAAGCCGAGGAGCGAUGCGCUUCCCAGAAAGCCGAGGAGCAAUACGGUUUCCAGGAAGCGAAGGAGCAAUGCGCUUCCCAGAAAGCCAAAGGAGAAGCGCACCCCAGGAAGCAGAAGCGCACUAAGCUUUCGAGAAAACUGAAAGACUAAUCCGCUUCUCAAAAGGCGAAGUAUUAAGCUUCCUAGAAGAGAGCACUUGAUCUUGCCUCACACAAGUAAGACAUUAACAAGACACGUGACUUCUUGACAACAUGGACGCGACAUUGGUGAGACACGAAACAAAAGCGUCUUGAGUUAAAACUCUCAAGCCGUGGGGGCCACCCUACCUAGGUCGCAAUCGUGGUCCACUAGCGCUAACAACAAUGGACUAGCGAAAGAACUCUUAAUGACUUGAGAGCUUUGGUUCAAGACAUCGAAAGUCAAGCAAGGGGCAAAGGAAAUGAUCACGCAACUCGCACAAGGGGCAAACCGCAUCAUCCGGAUUCGUAAGUAAGGCAAAUUAAUACACGAUUAACGCAUUA